CGCGCUAGUCAUAUUCAUGGCAGGGGAGCCCGGCCAUCGUCACUUCCUCCACGUCCAGCAGCCCCACUUGCCGGCCACGACUUUGACCAAGAACACUACCACACUAUUCCUACUUUCAGUCAUCUUCGACAGCGCUUCAACUUUCAUAUCCAAGAUCGAGCAUGUGGCCUACUCUCAGCCUUAUGCGCCAGACAUCGAUGACACCAUCAGCUGCCUUGCAACAUCCAUCUAGUAUGCUAGUCUUCGAUUGACUCUCCGUAACCAAAACCUGCUAUCUGUAUCCCUGCCUCCAGUACUGACAACAAUGACCACGCGCGUGAAAGCAUUCAGCGGUCAGGAGGAUAAGGCAGGCAACUGGGAUGACCGGGCACCAUUCGUUCCAGACAAGCUAUGCCAACAAUGCACGCAUAUCUUCGAGAAUCCGGGGAAACGAAACAUCAAUGUCCUCUACAUCCAUCCAGCGGGUGUGCGAGAGUGUCGAAUAUGUGUUUUGCUCACACAGCAUUAUACGGAUUAUCUAGACAGUCCUUCGGAACAGAUGAAGGUUGGAUACUUUAUUGCGGAUCGCUGCAAUUCGCCUGGUCUAUACGAUCUUAUGUUCAGGCUUUGCGGAGUAUACUAUGGCACAGCCCCCGAUCUUCGAUUCGGGAUACAGGCGAGGGAUCGAGCAGAUGUGGGUUUUGAACAUGAAAUGGUGCCUUUCUCGCAAACAAUCGCGCAAUCUACAGCCUCCGAGCAGACCUUAGCUCAAGCAAGGUGCUGGUUGGACAAGUGCGUAGAGACUCAUCUUGAGUGCAGAGCGGUCUCCAAUGAUUCGAAAUUCGUACCCUCCCGGCUCAUCGAGAUCUCAGGCGUCGACGAGACGUGUCUGAAAGUUCGCCUCAGAGAAGGAAAGAAUGUGCCAUCUUUCUUUGAAUAUGCUACGCUGAGUCAUCGUUGGGGAGAGAGUAUGCCUUUCAAGCUCACACGUGACAAUCUAGAGGAAUGCUUCAAUGAGCUCCUGAUGAGCAGACUAUCCCUCGUGUUUCAGGAAGCACUGAAAUUUGCUUGGCGUAUGAAGAUCUACUAUGUUUGGAUCGAUUCCUUGUGCAUCAUUCAAGAUUCACAUGAAGAUUGGGUUGCUGAAUCAUCUCAGAUGGGUCCAACCUACAAGGGCGGUGUGCUCAACAUUGCGGCCGCAGCAGGGUCUGAAAAUACUACAACAGGAUUACUCGGGGAAAGGGAAGCUCGUCUUAUUGCGCCAAUCGCCGUAUCCGUGUCAUCAGCCAUUUUUAUGUCAUUCGACCCAAGAUGCGCGCAGAAUCAAUUCGGACGAGGGGACUACUAUCUUAUCGACAUGUUGACCUGGGCCUAUGGCAUCGAUCAGUCGCCGCUGUGCGGUCGCGGAUGGAUUGCACAGGAACGAGCCUUGUCUGUCCGUACAAUUUAUUUUGGCAAACAGCAGCUCUAUUGGGACUGCGCGAGCCCGGGGUCUAAAGCGACAGAAGUUUAUCCUGAAGGCCUGCUGCAGGGAACGUUGUUCUACAGUCCAAAGUACGUUCUCAGGUAUGGAUUGGACGUGGCAUACAGACGAACCGGAGCUCUUCGAUUGGUCCGCGACCUGGUACAAAUCUCAGAAUACGAUAAUGUUGCAAAGUGCCAUACUGAAAAGCAGAGGAUCACUGAAAGAAAACAAACUCUCAGGCUCGAGCUUGAUCAAUGGAUCGAACUAUGUGGGCCGGCUUCCGAUACAUUUGAAGAACGCACUCUUGGGACAAGUACAGAAGGUAUGCUAACAUUAAAUUCAGUACAUCUGAAGGAUUGCGAUUUCAAUGUCCUGAACGCUUUCGGAUUAACGAACUGGGGUGACAUGAAGAGAGCGCUUCGAGUCUGGGGUAUAGGAGCACCUACUGGCCGACCGACGACUCGGGUGUCGACUGAAGUGAGACAAUGGAUGCAGAUAGUGGAGUACUAUUCCCGCUGCUCGUUGACCUUCUCUAGCGAUAAACUUGUAGCUAUCUCGGGGAUUGCAGAGCUGUUUGGCAAGACCAUACGUUGCGCUUAUUUAUCCGGUUUGUGGGAACGCGACCUCAGGCAUCAAUUGUUGUGGAAGACCUGGCCACGAUGUGCAUCGCCCCUGAAUGAUGGCACACGAGGACCAUCGUGGUCCUGGACCGCUAUCGAUUCGUACAUACAUUUCACGUCACGGAAGAGCCACCUCACAGAUACGUAAGCCCACCAUAGUCUUCGCAUUUCGGCUGUAGCUGACUAACCAGCGAUCCCUGCGACAUCCAAUGGCUAACCCAAGUCGACACCGUCAACGUCGAUCUUGCCACCAACCAACAAUUCGGACAAGUCCGCUCCGGCACUCUCACCGUAACGGGACGUCUAGGCGUUUUCGGAGUCCACGACCUUGUCCCGCUCCAUCAUAUUGACACUCAAAACCUGUGGGCAACACUAGGAAACGGCGAGACAGUGCUGACCUUAUUCGACACGACGGAACUUAAAGAGAAAUUCAAUCCAGACAGCAAGCGCAUGUACC